AUGGAAGGAGCAGCCGUCGCCACCGCCGCUGCGAGGUCGCGCUGCGCUCCGUGCGCCGCCGCCGGGGAGAUGGGAACAUUCGCUGUGGCGAGGCCAAGAGCGACAGAGGAAGAUCGCAAGAGAGAGCAGGAAUCAGGGACGUGUGACAGCCGGACAGUGCGCUGGUCGGUAUCCCGGGCCGCUCGAGCGCACCCGCGGCUCCAGGUGGUAGGGGCCGCGGCCCCUCUGGGAAAUGGCACCCGGGGCACCCGGGGCGGCCGGGACAAGCGGCAGCUGGUCUAUGUGUUCACCACGUGGCGCUCGGGCUCGUCCUUCUUCGGCGAGCUCUUCAACCAGAACCCGGAGGUGUUCUUUCUCUACGAACCAGUGUGGCACGUGUGGCAAAAACUGUACCCCGGGGACGCUGUCUCCCUGCAGGGAGCAGCGCGGGACAUGCUGAGCGCGCUCUACCGCUGCGAUCUCUCCGUUUUCCAGCUGUACAGCCCCGCCGGCAGCGGGGGGCGCAACCUCACCACGCUGGGCAUCUUUGGUGCGGCCACCAACAAGGUGGUGUGCUCCUCGCCCCUCUGCCCCGCCUACCGCAAGGAGGUCGUAGGGCUGGUGGACGACAGGGUGUGCAAGAAGUGCCCGCCUCAGCGCCUGGCACGCUUCGAAGAGGAGUGCCGCAAGUACCGCACCCUGGUUAUCAAGGGCGUGCGCGUCUUCGACGUGGCGGUGUUGGCGCCGCUGCUUCGAGACCCGGCCCUGGACCUCAAGGUCAUCCACCUUGUGCGUGAUCCCCGUGCAGUUGCCAGCUCACGCAUCCGCUCGCGCCACGGCCUCAUCCGAGAAAGCCUACAGGUGGUACGCAGCCGGGACCCACGAGCUCAUCGUAUGCCCUUCCUCGAGGCCGCUGGGCACAAGCUGAGCGCCAAGAAGGAGGGCAUGGGCGGCCCAGCAGACUACCAUGCGCUUGGCGCUAUGGAGGUCAUAUGCAACAGCAUGGCCAAGACGCUGCAGAUAGCCCUGCAGCCCCCUGACUGGCUACAGGGCCACUACCUGGUGGUGCGGUACGAGGACCUGGUGGGAGACCCCGUUAAGACACUAAAGAGGGUGUAUGACUUUGUGGGGCUGCUGGUGAGCCCUGAAAUGGAGCAGUUUGCCCUGAACAUGACCAGUGGCUCUGGCUCUUCCUCUAAGCCUUUCGUGGUGUCUGCACGCAAUGCCACGCAGGCCGCCAAUGCCUGGCGGACCGCGCUCACCUUCCAGCAGAUCAAACAGGUGGAAGAGUUUUGCUACCAGCCCAUGGCUGUGCUGGGCUAUGAACGGGUGAACAGCCCUGAGGAGGUCAAAGAUCUCAGCAAGACCCUGCUUCGGAAGCCCCGGCUCUGAGAGGGGUUCCCAGGAGAUCUGGCACCCUGUGGACUGUACCCACAAAGAGCACUCUGGUGUGUUUAAAGGAACACAACCCAGACGGGAACUGAGAAACCCACAUAUUCUAUUAUAGAUACGUAAUAUAAAUAACCACAGAGGCACUUGCUGUCAAUGUUUUGAGUCAGUGAAUUUCAAGGAACACACACACACACACACACACACACACACACACACACAGCCCUCACAAAA